GAAGAAACAGAAGGCAAUGAAAUAUCUGUGCCCACUUAUAGCUGUCAACAGCCCAUCUCACUUCAUUUACUACUCACUCCUUUAUAAACUCCUCCUCCUUCCUCCUCUCACCACCACCACCACCACCACCACCAUUUAAACUACACCCACCUCCUCUUAUCUUUUACACUCUUAGAGAGAAAAAUGUCAAAACUUUCUCUCUUUCUGUGUCUCAUUUUCUUUCACUCUGUGAAUUCCAUUUCAGCACUAGAGCUACAAAACCUUAAACCAGAAUACCACAACCCAAGAAUCCCUAAAUCAACACUUUCUUCCUCUAAAAAAUUUGAAGGAUCAUCAGAUUUGGUAAACCUCCGUUAUCAUAUGGGUCCAGUACUUUCAUCACCGAUAAACACUUACAUAAUCUGGUAUGGAAAAUGGCUUCCAUCUCAGAAACUCAUAAUCAAAGAUUUUCUCUUAUCAAUUUCAUCAUCAACAAAUCACAGAACCUCACCAUCUCCAUCCAUAUCACAAUGGUGGAAAACAGCAUCACUAUAUUCAGAUCAAACCAAUUCAAAUGUAUCAUCAACAGUGUUAAUAGCUGGUGAAUAUGUUGAUUCAAAGUAUUCUCAAGGUAAACAUUUAACCAGAUUAACAAUCCAACAUGUGAUUGGUAAUGCAGUGAAAACAGCACCAUUUCCAGUGGAUCACAAGAAUGGGAUAUAUCUCAUCUUAACAUCAGAUGACGUUACAAUGCAAGAUUUCUGUAGAGCUGUCUGUGGGUUUCAUUAUUUUACAUUUCCUUCUAUUGUUGGUUACACAUUACCAUAUGCUUGGGUAGGGAAUUCAGGUAAACAAUGUGCUGAAGUCUGUGCAUACCCAUUUGCUGUUCCUGGUUAUAUGGCUGGUGGUGGUCCAUCAGCUCUAAAACCACCAAAUGGAGAUGUUGGGAUUGAUGGUAUGAUAAGUGUGAUUGGACAUGAAUUAGCAGAGUUAUCAUCAAACCCAUUGAUAAAUGCUUGGUAUGCAGGUGAAGAUCCAACAGCUCCAACUGAGAUUGGUGAUUUAUGUGAGGGUUUGUAUGGAACUGGUGGUGGUGGAGGUUAUAUUGGUCACGUUAUGAAAGAUAGAGUUGGGAGAAGUUUUAAUUUGUAUGGGAGAAGAGGCAGGAAGUUUUUGGUUCAAUGGAUAUGGAGUCCUGUUUUGCAAGCUUGUGCUGGUCCUAAUGCUUUGGACUUGAAACCCUAAUCUAUCCAUCAAUCAAUGUCUCUGCUUGAGAGAUUGUGUUUUCUUCUUGGGGCUGGUUUUAGAGGAUAAUGUACAGAGAAUGGGUUGGCAUGUAGGUGAAGAGUUUUUUAAUUAGAUUUUUUCAUUUCAAUAAUUAUUUGAUUGUUGGAUUUAAUUUGGUGAAUUUAUGAUAGAUUUUGUUCCAGAUGAUUUAUAUAUAUUUAUUAUAAUGAUGAUCUCUGUUUCGUUACUGAA